AUGCCGAAGCGAGGCCGUGGUGCUAAACGUCCCGGGGGAAAGAAUGGAGAUGGAGAUAAUGGUAAAGGGGGAGCUGGCGCUGGAGUAAGCCCAGGCCAGGAGACUUCACUCCCCAAUCUCGCAAGCCCGGCCUCAGCGUCCCGCGAACCAUCUUUCGCUUCAACUCACUCUCCCCAGUCCUGGCAACAUAUGUCUAGCUCUUCAUCGUCGCAUCAACAAGCACAACAGCCACAGCCGCCCCCAGGCAAGGUGGCAAUACCGGCUCUCAGAUCGCCUUGGGGUACAGAUCCAUGGAACAAAGGUCCCAAGAAAAUCAAAACGCCACACGCUUGUGACAACUGCAGGAAAGCCAAAGCGGGCUGUACAGGGGAGCUUCCUUGUUUGAGAUGCAAAAAUACACAUGUGCCGUGCGUGUAUAAUGAGGGGAAGCGGGAUCGGGACCGCUUGCAGUUGUCGAGGUUAAACCAUGAGACCGAAAUGCUGUCUCAAAGAAAUGCAGAAAUCACAGAAGCACUAUACCGCAUCCAACUCGACCAGAGGAUGACUGGUGAUGACAUUAGAGCUGAAAUCAAAAGCAUUCUGGAUAGGGGCCCGACCAAGAUGCCACCCAACCAAAGUCAGUCCAGAAAACGGGAACGGGCAUCAGAACAAACUAAACCGCGUGUCCAAGAGGAUGACAAUGACCGCGAUGACAGCACAGAGAUCGGCUCGACUGGCUCGAUGGACUUUGUCAGUAUGGACAUGGACCGAGAUGACAUCAGACCGACCGGACAUCUAGGAAAGCCGUCGUCUGUAGCAUUGGCCCAACGCACAGCGGAGGAGUGCCAGAAAGCCAUCAAUGAAGCUGAUCUCAGACUUAAAAACGACAGCUAUGUUUCAUCCUCAUACCACACUAAGGAGUCAGAUAUCAACCCUAUCGAUACUAGUAAGAUAAACAGACCAGAGUCGACCGAUCUCUCAUGGGAUGAUAUGAUAUUUCUCGGUACCCUAAACAUAAUUUUUGCAAUUUCUUCUUAUUACGCACAUUUAAAAAAGAGCGAACAUCGCGGACCGCAUUAUGACCAUUUGAUAUAUGUUGCACGAGCAAAGAUGCUUUGCAUGGAUCAAGGGCUGUUGUAUGAGGACCAAGGAGUAACAACGAUAUGUGCCACCGGGUUACUAAGUCUGUAUUAUGUGGCCACCUCUAGACUUAACAGGGCUUGGACAUUAUGUGGACUUGUCAUUAGGAAUUCUCUCACCCUGGGUCUACAUGUUCGGAGCGAGGCCGAUGAUCUUGCAGCGGUUGAGAAAGAGCACCGAGUCCGCGUGUGGUGGGCGUUAUAUUCCCUCGAAUGUCUGCUGAAUGAACUUACUGGCCGUCCAACCUGCAUAUCCGACAGAGAUAUCAGCACCCCACUACCAAUUAAUGUCAGCGAGGACGACUUUCACUUUGGCCAAGCAUUAUAUGAUAAAGUACCAGACGCUUCCCACCCCGGAAAGGCAAAUGUCCAUGACUCGUAUAGUACAAGAGUGUCUUCGAGGGACACCCCUCUAAUGGAUACCGACAUCUCACAAUCUUCUACAUAUUUGUUUCCGAUUGCUAAUCUCCCCCUUACUUCCUCUACAUACUUCAUUUACCGGACGCAACUCUCUAUAAUAUCUCAUCAGAUUUUUACACAGCUCUACAGUCCAGCCACAGUAAAGCUCAAAUGGUUUGAUAUACAAGAAACGAUACGUAUAAUCGACCGCCGACUUCAGACAUGGCAAGAGAGCCUUCCUGAACAACUUGACGUCGAUUUCGAGACCUUCACGGCGCCAGACUGGGAUGAUCCAUAUCUUAUUCAACGAAUUGGCCUGGCCAUUCUCCUUAUGAGCUCACGCAUGAUCCUCUUCCGGCCCUGCCUGUGCCGUUUUGAUAUGUGUCUCAGGAACCAGUCGGAGAAGUCCAAGGAUUUCAACCAGGAUGCUGCCGAAACCUGCAUUCGUUCGGCGCGGAGGAUGAUAUCCCUCCUCUCAUGGUCUGCGACAAGUGCCGACAAGCUCUACGCUAUCACUCCCUGGUGGACCACGCUACACUACCUCUGCGAAGCUCUAUCCGUAUUGAUGCUGGAGAUGGCCUUCAAAUUACAACACAUGCCGAAUGAUGCGGCAUACGUCUUGGACGACGCCAAAAGGGGCGUCAGCUGGCUAUCCAUGAUGGCGGAGCAGUCAAUCUCGGCACGAAAGGCUUGGGAAAUAUUUGACAAGCUGAUCAGGCUAGUGGCUCCUCUAAUCCAUUGGUCUGUCUUUGACCUCCCGACUGAAGCCCCCGUCCCGCCUGGGUAUAACUGGCGUGGUUCACACUUGGCCGGCCAAAUGCUUCCUCCAUUAUCUAGCCCUCCUUUACCAAACCCGCCCCAUGUUCAAAAUCACCCCCCCGAGCAGCUCUCACAGAUGAAUAUACAACGGCACCAAAAUACCCAAGUUUCUAUGAUGAGUCCAGGCUCGAUAACUGCGGCUUGGACAGCUCAACCGCCAUCCUUCCAACCAUUCGCCGACACGGGAGGGUAUGAGCAAUACGGGUAUCUGGCAAACCCCCUCGAUCAUGUCGAGGCACUGAAUCGGUUUUCAAUGAUCAGCCAGUUACACGGCAGCUUUGAUGAACCAUGGAUGCACAUACUCGAGCCGCCCAAUCUCGAGUCGUCCGAUAUUGAGUCGUCCAAUAUCGAUCCUGCCCUGCGAACCUAUGGUAACCCAGGUUUUAGAGGUGUCCAGGAGCCACAGGGCGCGGAAGAGGAUGGGAUGGAGUUUCUGAGUCGUGCAUAUAUGAACGGUGUCGAUCGAUAA